AUGGGUCAUAGUCCCCAUAAGUCCUUAGCUAAAAUGGCCAAAAUUCAUGGCCCACUCAUGACUAUUCAACUUGGUUUCAACACCACAGUAGUUGCUUCUUCCGUAGAAAUGGCGAGGGAAUUACUCAUAAAGAAUGACCAGGCCUUCUUGGGAAGACCUAUCCCACAAGCAGUCACCGCGCAAGAAGAUUACCAAGAUGCUAUGGCUUGGUUAUCAGGUGGACCAAAAUGGAGGAGUCUAAGAAAACUAUGCAACACUCAAAUUUUCACAACGCAGCGUCUCGAAGCACUGCAAGACUUCCGCCGCCAAAUGAUGGAAGGUAUGAUUAUGCGUGUGACUGAAGCAAGCGAAGCUGGCGAAUCCAUUAACAUUGGGAGGUUAGUGUUCGGAACAUCCUUGAAUUUAUUGUCCAACAACAUGUUUUCUGUGGACAUAAUUGAUCCGAAGUCUAACGUCAUAAAAGAACUUAAGGAGCUUAUUGGGAGAAUAAUGGUGCUUGCGGGAAAACCCAAUCUUACAGAUUGUUUUCCUUUUUUAAGACCAUUCGAUCCACAAGGUAUAAAAAAGGAGACUAAGGUUUCCUAUGAUCGUUUGCAUUCUAUGAUUGAUAUGAUUAUUGAUAAACGUUUGAGCCGUAGAGCAUCCGGAUUGCCGGGUUAUGGUGAUUUUUUGGAUAUCCUUCUUGAUAAUAGCCAGGAACAUGGUUCGCGGGAGCUCAGUCGUUCGGAUAUCAAAACCUUGCUAACGGACUUGUUCCUUGGAGGAACGGAUACAUCAAGCACAACAGUAGAGUGGGCAAUGACUGAGCUCCUAAAGAAUCCAAAGAUGAUGCAGAAAUUAAAGCAAGAACUUGCUGAAACAAUAGGUCAAGGCCAAAGCAUGGAAGAAAAAUACAUCUCAAAGCUUCCCUAUCUACAAGCCGUAUUGAAAGAGACAAUGCGGCUUCAUCCAGCAGCACCACUUCUUUUACCCCAUCAAGCUCAAAUGGAUGUAGAGGUUUGUGGGUAUAACAUUCCCGAAGGCACUCAAGUUUUUGUGAAUUCUUGGGCUAUAUCCCGAGACCCCAUGUACUGGCCGGAUCGGCCAACCGAGUUCGUACCAGAGAGGUUUCUGGUUUCGAAUGUGGAGUUUAGAGGAACAGAUCUAUCUUACACUCCAUUCGGAGCUGGACGGAGGAUUUGCCCUGGCUUGUCGUUGGCUGUGAGAAUGUUGAGUAUGUCUUUGGGUUCUCUGGUUCACCUUUUUGAUUGGAAGCUUCCUAAUGGAAUGGAACCAGAAGAUAUAGACAUGGAUGACAAAUUUGGAAUUACUUUGCAGAAAGCAAUACCUCUCAUUGCCAUUCCCGUGGCUGUCAGCUGA